AUGUGGGCCUCCCAUGGUGAUUUCCUACCUCUUGUUUCUCUUGCUUGGAAUUCUCUUGUUAAGGAUAGAUCUUGCCCCCUUAUCAUCUUUGCUCAGAAAUUAAAGUCUGUUAAGAAUGUUUUGAAACCUUGGAAUAAAAACACAUUUGGUAAUAUUUCUCAAUCUGUGGAGGAUUGUAGAUCCCAGCUUUCUGCUAUCCAAUCUCAGCUCCAGGUUGAUCCUCAAAACACUCCCUUAGGUUUGGAGGAGAGGGCUAUCUCUUCUAGAUUAGGUGACCUUCUUAAGCAGGAAGAGAGUUUCUUUAAGCAGAAAUCUAGGAUCAAGUGGUUAACCCUUGGUGAUUCUAAUACGACUUAUUUUCAUAAGUCAGUGAGAGCUAGACAAAGUCUUAAUUCUAUCUACUCCAUUAGAAAUCCUGAUGGGUCUUUGCUCUUUGAUCCAGAUGCGAUUAAAUCAGCUUUUGUUUUCCACUUCUCUAGGCAAUUUAAUCCAUCCACUCUUAAUCCCAUUUUUCCUAUCCCUGAUGAUAUUACUUUCACUAAGGUCCCUCCUGACCUUAGAAGGGUUCCAUCAACUAUUCCUUCAGAUGAGGAGAUUUUUGGGGUUAUAAAUUUCCAUAAAUCUGAUAAAGCUCCUGGUCCUGAUGGCUUCAGUUUUGGGUUUUUCCUUUUAACUUGGGAUAUUGUCAAGGAUGAUCUUUUUAUCUGCUGUUCAUUGUUUCUUCUUUAA